AAUGACGGAAUAUGAACAUACGAUAUAUAGUACAGUAUAGUUUAAUAUCUAUACUGGUGGAGGAGCCGCAAAACAAUUGAUGAAUAAGAAACAACUUAUAAUAAGUGAAACAUCAGUAAAUUUAAUUAAAAUAAUAAAGUUUCAAAAUGUUUUGUAGUAAAUUAUGCAUUUUAUGACUUUACACCUCAAUUUAUAAGUUGAUGUAGGUUGAUCAGGAGCAGUAUUGUUUCAAGAGUUUAUUUUGUUUCAUACAAAGAAAGUACUAAUUUUUUAUUACUAUGGCAGAUCUAUGUACAUCUCGUAAUAAAGCUUCAUCUGUUAAGAUAAUUCAAAAACAUAAACUUAUUUAUCAAAGGAAGCAAUAUAUGAGUAAUAUUGCAAUAGCAAAAUGGUUGAAGCUAAUUUCAAAAAAAUAUAAAUAUGCCAGUCGAGUUUUACAGUAUGCUGAGGAGAAGCAUGUUAGUAUAUUGAAAGCUCAACAUCAUUUAAAACUAAAGUUUCCAGAGCCAUUAACACAUUUACUAGAAACAGCUGUAUAUCAUAUGGAUGAAAUAGAAUACCUUUUGGAUAAAUUCGAUAUUGUAGAUCAUCUUAAUCACAUUAAUAAAUAUGUACUAAAAGUUUUAGUAACUGAAUUACUAUGGGUUAAACAAUACUUGUCACCCAACUCAUGCACAAGAAUAUUGUAUUAUGAAGCAGAUCUACUAGAAUCAUUUACUGAAGCAGCUAAAACUUUUAACAAAUUAGAAGACUCUACUGUCCCGAUUUUACCAGUUUAUGUUCGAAUAAAUACUCUUGCAAUUCAACUUCAAGAUGGUAUUAAUGCUUUUCUCAAUGAUGGCUGGAAACUUUUGCCCAAGUGCAAAACUCAUGCUGAUUACAUGAAAAUUGUAUCUAAUUUAAAAGAUAAUAAUUUUGUUAGAGAUUUUCACAUAUCAGAACUUUUAGUAUUCCCUUCUGAUACAUUAUUUUACAGUCAUCCCGGUUAUAUAUCGGGAAAAUUUUUUAUACAAGAUAAAGGAAGUUGUUUAUCAAGUUUUUUACUAAAUCCAAAACCAGGAUCACGUAUAUUAGAUAUGUGUGCUGCUCCUGGCUUAAAAACUAAUCAUCUAGCCAAUAUAAUCAACAAUGAAGGGAUAAUUUUUGCGUGUGAUAAUCAUCCUGAUCGAUACAAUGCUCUUUGUAAACUGGUUGAAUCAACAAAAGUUACAUGUGUCGAAACAAUUUACGACGACUGUAUGAAGAUCAAUCAAAAUGGUAUAAAUUAUAUUUUAGUUGAUGUACCUUCUACAUAUUCAGGUAUUUUUUAUAAAAGAGAAAGAAAAGUCUAUCUUGAGAAAAAAUUGGAGCGCUCGUUUAAAGUAGCAAGCAUGAUCCUUAGAUAUGCACUUCAGAAUUUUAAGGGUGUUAAAAGAGUUGUUUACACCUCAUGCUCAAAGUUUCCUGAAGAAACAGAUAACGUUAUAGAUGAUGCAUUACGAGAAAUUCGCGGGGCGUAUUCUCUUUUAGACACUAAAGAAAUGUUGUGGAAUCAGUGGGGUAACGGUGGAGAUUCAACACACCAUCCACGGCGUAGCAAAAAUUUGCAUAUAAAACCAAAAGUUGAUCUAUGUGAAGGUUACUUUAUUGCUGUGUUUGAAAGAAAUCCGGAAGUACCGAUACCACGGUAUGUAAACAGGAAAGAAGAACUUUUUUAUGAAGAUGAGGAAGAUGAAAGUGAUCAUGAUAUAGACAAUGAGGAUGAUGAAGAUUUUACAGAAAAAAAUAGACAUAAAGAUAAUGGAUCUAAAAAGAGUUUUCCUAAUCACGAUAUAAAGGAUUAUAAGCCACAACAUUAUAAACCUUACAACAAGCAUUUAAAAAAUGAUAAGAAUGAUAAAUACUCUACAGCAAAAAUUAAAGCCCCUAAGCCUCGAGCUUCUAGUUCAACAAGUUAUUCCCGAUACAAUGAUUAUGAUGAUUUUUUACAUGAGACAACACAUAGUCAAUUAUAUCCAUAAUUUUUUAAUUGUUACAUCAAUUACAUCUGUGUAAUAUUACUUUGCAUUGUCAAGUAUGUCUUUCAAAAUUAUGUACUUUUUUCCAUUGUAUACAUACAUAGUUUUAUUGUAAAAAGUAAAAUUCAAUUACUCAUAUCAAACAUCCAAAGUAAGGUAAUCAUACAAUUUUUCUAUGGCAAUAAAAUCA